ACGAGUCGAACAUUCUAGAAUAUUCCCUCCGAUCGAUUCACUUUUGCCGGCUCUGAUUCGCGUGACUCAGUUUGUUAGUUAUCAUUUGUGUGUCAGUUCUCGCGAGUUAUUCUGUGCGGCAUUUCUCUUACACACGUGUUUUUUUUUCGAUCAGUUUUAAUAAGUUAUUGACCACAAUGUCCGUAAUCGGCAUAGAUUUCGGAAAUGAAUCUUGUUAUGUGGCUGUAGCCCGUGCUGGUGGGAUCGAAACGAUCGCUAACGAUUACAGCUUACGAGCGACACCAUCAUGCGUGGCCUUCAGCCCCAGAAAUCGCAUAAUCGGCGUGGCCGCUAAGAAUCAAAUGGUCACAAACAUGAAAAACACGAUUCACGGUUUCAAGCGACUUCUUGGUCGUUCCAUCGAUGACCCGUUCAUCAAACAGGAGCUCAAACACCUGCCAUUCAAUGUCGUUAAGUGCGAUAACAAUAAAAUUGGGAUAAACGUCAAUUAUCUCAAUGAGCAGCACACCUUCAGUGUAGAACAGAUUACUGGCAUGCUACUGACCAAGCUGAAAGAGAUUUCCGAGACAUCUCUUAAAACAAAGGUAAAUGAUUGUGUCAUUUCAGUUCCUUCAUAUUUUACCAAUGCUGAACGUAAGGCACUUCUUGACUCUGCAUCAAUUGCUGGUCUUAAUGUUCUACGUUUGUUUAAUGAAACUGCAGCCACUGCUCUGUCUUAUGGUAUUUAUAAACAAGACUUGCCUAAUCCUGAAGAAAAGCCUCGCAAUGUUGUAUUUGUUGAUUGUGGGUAUACUUCUCUACAAGUUUUUAUUUGUGCAUUCAAUAAAGGAAAACUUAAGAUGUUAGCCAGUACAUUUGAUUCACAAUUAGGUGGUAGAGAAUUUGAUUACAUUUUAGCUGAGCAUUUCAGUAAAGAUUUCAAAUCUAGAUAUAAUAUUGAUCCUAGAACUAAUGCCAGAGCAUUUUUAAGAUUAUUAGCUGAGGUGGAAAAGAUAAAAAAACAAAUGUCUGCAAAUUCUACUAAACUGCCAAUGAACAUUGAGUGUUUUAUGGAUGAUAAAGAUGUACAUGCAGAUAUUAAGAGAACAGAAUUUGAAGAACUGGCUAUGCAUUUAUUCAAUAGAGUGGAAGUCACAUUAGAACAAUGUCUCAAAGAUUCUAAAUUGAGUAAAGAUGACAUUUAUUCGGUAGAAAUUGUUGGUGGUUCAAGUCGUAUUCCAUAUAUUAAGAGCUUAAUUGAAAAAAUAUUUGGAAAAAUACCAAGCACAACUUUAAAUCAAGAUGAAGCUGUAUCUCGAGGUUGUGCUUUGCAAUGUGCAAUGUUGUCACCUGCUGUUCGAGUAAGAGAUUUCAGUGUAACUGAUAUACAAAGUUUUCCAAUUGAACUUCUUUGGGAUCCAUCUGACAAUUCUGAUGAUGGUCGUGCUGAAGUUUUUCCUAAAAAUCAUCCUGUUCCAUUUUCAAAAAUGCUCUCUUUUUACAGACUAGCUCCAUUUACUGUGAAAGCACAUUAUUCUGGUCCUAUUCCUUAUGCAGACAGCUAUAUUGGUCAAUUUACUGUUCGUGAUGUCAAACCAACGUCAGAUGGAGCCAGUCAGAAAGUUAAAGUUAAAGCUAGAGUUAAUAUACACGGUAUAUUUAGUAUAAGUAGUGCAACACUUUUAGAAAAAUCUGAAGUACAAGAUGAACCAGUGACAACUUCGGAAACAAUGGAAACAUCUGAAAAAGAAACUCAGCCAGUAGAACCUGAAGAGAAAAAAGAUGAAAAGAAGAAAUCUGUUACAAAGACCAUUGAUUUGCGUAUUGAGUCAAUAACACAUGGAUAUUCGACCAUGGAUUUAAAUAAUUACAUUGAACAAGAAGGUAAAAUGGUAGCAGCCGAUCGUCAAGAGAAAGAAAGAAUUGAUGUUCGUAAUAGCCUUGAAGAAUAUAUUUAUGAUAUGAGAGGUCGUAUUUCUAAUGAAGAUGAUUUAGCACCUUAUAUAGUGGAUGCUGACCGAGAAAAUAUUUCUAAACAAUUGGAAGAUCUAGAAAUUUGGUUGUAUGAAGAUGGUGAAGAUUGUAUUAAAAAUAUUUAUUCAGAGAAGUUGGACGUGUUAAAAGGUGUUGGUGAACCAAUUAAAAGACGUAAGGUUGAGUACACAACUUUUCCAUCUGUAAAAGACCAAGCUGUCGAAUUAAUUUCAAAAGCUGAAAGGGACAUUGAUGCAUUUAAAAAAGGAGUCGAACAGUUCAAUCAUUUAGAUGCUGCUGAAGUAGAUAAAUUAGCUGAAACCCUGAAUAACGCCAAGCGGUGGUUGGAAGAAAAGGCAGCCCAAGUAUCUGCUACUCCUUUAUAUAAAGACAUUCCGAUCAAAUUAGAUGAAUUUGUUAGAGAAAAACAUAGUAUAGAAGAAAAUGUAAGUAAAGUUUUGUACAAACCAAAACCUGCACCUAAAGUGGAACCACCACCACCCAAGGAAGAAGAGAAAAGAGAAAAUGAGCCAAUGGAAACUGAACAGCCAGUUGAAAAUGGUAAAGAUGCCUAAACAAGUUAUUUUUAACCUUUUUUUUUCUUUUUUUUUUAAUGUAUUUAAUUUUUUAAUUUCAACUGUCACAUAUAUUUGUGUAAUUU